UUUCGAUUGGAAGCCAUAUUUAAUCAUACAGAGAAGCCGAAAUGAGGUCGUUUCUUCUACUAGCACUGGCUUGUGCUUUAGCCAAAGUUAGUUAUUCAAAUCCUUUGAUUACACCCUCGUCCAGCGAUAACGUCAAUAAUGAUGGUCAAUUUGGCGAGGAAAAGAAAUUCCUUCAUCUGCUUUCAGAAGCUGAGGCCGGCACCGAUGUAUCCAAGGAGUUCAAAGAGAGAUAUUCAAACCGAACCGUUCGAAUAGUCACCCCAUAUUUGAGUCGCGAUGAAACAGUCGACUUCGCAAAAGAACACUUGGUCAUUCGUGAUGAUUAAAUUUUAAUAGGACAUCUUCAAACAGUCACUCGACUCUUGAAGCUUUUCGGUAACUUCAUUCCACGCAUGGAUAUCAAACAAACCAGCAGCGAAAAUGCAGAAAUUCUCGUAAGCGAUCUCAUCAACCUUCAUUGCGGUGACACUCUAACCGAACUUAACCUUGCACUUUUUGAACCAUACCACGAUUUUUUCGACAGUCUCAACAAUCCAUUCAAGAAAGUUGAAAAUCUCACGCUCAACGGCUACGUCAAAACAUUGGACUCUCCAUCUCUUACAUUCGAUCAACUAUUUCCAGUGAUGAAAAAUUUGUCUUUUGAUAUCAAAGCUAACGUUCUUAUGAUAUCAAAUAUUGAUCAUGAAUUCGCUAAUUUAAAGCAUUUGUCAUUAAGUGUUUUGUUAUCUUAUGACUUUGGACCAAGAAUGCACGACUGCUUGAAAACAUUAAUCGGAAAAAAUCCACAAAUUCAAAGUUUGACAUUGGUAUAUUCCAAGCGAGAUUUAAUGAAAUUUAUAGCUGAAAAUUUGCCAAAGCUUGAGCACCUCAAACUUUUAUGGAAAUAUGAUUACGAUGAACCUAAUGCCUACGACAUUCACUUUGAUCAUGUGAAAACAUUGUCAGUACAAUAUUUGGAGAAAGUAUUUGGUGAAAGAGAAACAAACGCACCGAGGAAUCUACAUUUCAACAAUAUAGAAGAGCUCGAAACCGAGUCAUUCAAUGGACGCUCGGAAACCUGGUUGGAUUUAGUCGAACGGAGCACAAAAUCAAAGAAACUGAGCAUAGAAAAGGGGGCAUUGUACGAUAGUACGUUUGUGCACCUCAUCUCAAUCGCUCCAAACCUUGUGGAAUUUUCAGCAAGAGUACGAAAUCGUUUGCGGGACUAUAAAAUGGUCGAUUUUAUUCGGAGCCAUGCACAAUUGGAAAAAGUUCAUUGGUCACGAACAAUAGGCUUUCAAGAGUCAGUUGAACCACUUCGACGGGAAAUCGGAGAUCAAUGGACGAUUGAAACAGUAGGAUCGCAGUAUAUUUUCUUGGCGAAAACAUUGAUUUUUGUACUGAAUAAAAAUGUUGAAAUAAAUGCGACUGAAGAUAUUGAAUCUAGAUGCAACUGAUUAUUAUCAAUAAAAUUACGGUAUUAAAUUCAAAAUAAUGUACUUCGCUUUAGCCUAGGGGCAUUUAACUCGAAAAAAAUUCGUUUCAUGCGAAGAAUAUGCGCUUCAACUCAUAGUAUGUGGCGAUUUCUUCGUAAUAUGCGUAUUAUGCGGUGCCUAUUCGUUAGAAGUGCACACAUUCGAUGUCCGAAUACUGCACAUAGACCAUUCAUACUGCGAAUAAUUUCGCAUGAAUCCUACUAAAAUGUUUCCUUCUCUGAUUGGUUAUACGCCACAAUAUCGACUAUUUUGAAUUCAAAGUGCAACGACUUUUUUCAUGUAAAAAUUCAAGAAAUACUUGACUGCAAGUGUUUGAUUUGUACUCAUUUCGGCUCACAUUUUUUGCUGAUCAUUUUUGUUAACUUCAAUCAUUUGUACAUAUGGAUUUUUUAUUAUUUAUAAUCCAGAUGCUAUUUCCAAGUAUAAUGAAUCGUCGCACUUAUUUUUUCAACGAUUUUUAUAUCUACCAAAACUAUCGGCGGUUUUACUUCAAUAUUUGUAUAAUAUAACAUUUUGACUUUCGUUUUCAUUCUUAUUCUUUGCUAUUAUAUUUUAAUUUUGUGUUAUAUUUAAAUUCAAUUUUCAUCAAUUAAGAACAAUCUCAUUAGCAAGAGAUUUGAUAAAUAUUAAAGACAGAAAUUGUUGAUGUCAAAUACUGUUUGAACGAAACUUAACGAUACAACAGAAUGUUGACAUUGUGUUGAUGCGUCUUAAAUCGCAUCGUGGCGUCAUUAUGUGCACGCGUAUUCGCUUCUAUGCAUAAUAUUCGUGGCUAUGUGAAAAAUUUGACACACUUCACUGUGGCACACAAUCUAUGCGCGUUUAUCCGUACAAAUCACAUAUAUGAAAAAGAGUAAAAAGUACUUCAUACAAUGGCAACUAAAUAGAAACGAUUUUAAUUGGCACUUGACAAUUUCCUAUUUUGCCGUAGUUGGAAAUCGUAAACACAAAUCACUUGAAUCGAACGUGGAUCCAUAAAAAAGCCAAAUACGGUAAAUAAUACCCACUUGUCUUUAUGAUGUUCAACAAUGUUUUUGUUUUCUACAAAUUGUCGUUUUACAUAAUCUUUGAUAAGAACUCCAACCAAUAUAGGGAAAUAAAAAUCAAAGCUAUGCAAUAGAGUAUAAAAUAAGUGUGCGCACUGCUGCCAACUUAACAGUUAGUUUUGAAUUAAUAUUGUGGUACUUGCACAUUUUGUAUUGUAUUUAACGUGUAUCAGAGCCAAACAUAUUGAAUCGGAAAGUAAAGAAGAAAUCAUAAAUUAAAUCGUUUGCUUAAUUUAGUCGUUUCAAUGGUUUAGUUUAAAAAGCAACAGAUAUGAGACGAUCAUUCGCAAUCGUCCCUUUAGUUGGGGCAUGUGUCCUUGAUAUAGGUGUUCACGGUGCGUUUAAAUCAAUUUCAUUGAAAGCCAGCCUAGAGCAGCAAUUAUGGAAAUAUUUUGCAAAUGGUCAGCUAUGGAACAUCAAUCUCAUUGAACCUGUUUGUAAUUCUUACGAUCAAAAUCUAUUCCAUUGGUUCAUUUAGGCAACCUAACUGGCGUACGAGCACUUAUUGAACAGGGUGUAAAUGUAAAUGCUGCAGAUUACGCUGGAUUAACAGCACUUCAUUUUGCAUCUAGUAAGUCGUUAGCACAUCUACAUUCGUGUCCGUCAAUAGUGUAAACUCGAUGUUAUUCUCAAGUUCAAGUCCAUUUUUGUGGCGAUUCAUAAUGGUUAUAUUGUUCAAAAAUUCUGACCCAACGGACGAAUCGUAUAUAAAUUUUCUAAACAUGUAUCAAUUGACUAUUACUGAAAAUACCACACAUUGCCUUUUCAGGCCAUGCGGAUAUAGUUCGAUUACUUAUCGAAAAAGGUGCGAAUGUCAAUGUUGAAAACAGAUUUAAUGAGACACCACUUCAUCGGGCAGCUGAAUAUGGUAUAUCUUUCACACGUCCCAAUUAAAAGUGUCCCUUUCCAUUGGCACGACUCUCAUUAUUUUUGCAGGCCAUGUGGAAACGGUUCGAGUACUCACCGAGGAAGGUGCGAAUGUCAAUGCUGAAGACCAAUUAGAAGAGACACCACUACAUAAGGCAUCUGGGAGGAUGGGUAAAUCAUUUACAUAUCUCCAUUAAAAGUAUUUUAUUGCAGUUUCUUCAGAUGGUUGCUCCAAGAGCAAUAUAGGGGUAAACGGGGCUAUUCGACGCACGGGGCAAACCGACGCAGUCGAGAUAUCUCGAAAACGACAAACGUCAGGUACCUAGUGUCAUGUAUCGUUAGCUUCGCCAUUUUAUCCUUCACAUUUGGUGUGUAUCACUUGUCGACAUUAGUAUCUCACAAACUGUACAGAGCGACAAAUAUGUUUUUGGCUACCCAUGACUUGAUUUUUCUUGCCCACAACAUUUCGAUUUUUUUCAAUAAAAUUCGAGUUCUCUCAAUUGAAGGUAGUCAUUUUUCAUAAUUGAUGUCAAGCACUUUCACGUGGAAAUAUGUGCUUUUGGUGUUUAACCAUUUCUUUUCGAUGAACAUAGUUUGAAAUAUGAGCAUAAAUCGGAGAAAUGUCUUAAUGCCGUUCUUCUUCGCAUUUCGUCAUAUUCUUUGGAUUCCUAGCAACUUUUUCAUGUUCUGUAUGUUUCAGCCAGGAGAUAAAUUGAUCUUGAUUCCAUUCUCUCAGCUCAUAAAAUGAGAUACAAUUGGAGAGAGACGCGCAUGAUACGAAAAAUAGUCGUCGGAGUAAAGAUAGUACCCACUGCAGCUAAGAAAAAUACGGCUACACCAUUUUACAUUUUUAUCCAUUUCUCAAAUGAUAUUCUCAUAUCUUAUUGAUAUUCAUAAACUUCGUAGAACAUAAUAGAUUUUAUUCGAUUACUUGAUUUUGAGAUAAUUGACUUGAAAUACGGUGAAAAUACGAGUGCGUCGGUUUGCCCCAUAUGGUGCGUCGGUUUGCCCCGGCUGCGGCGGUUUGCCCCGAAAAAAUGGUGGUCAGAAAAUUGGCCAGAAAACUUUCUGGGUGGGUCACACACCAUAAAUGUUAUGCAUCAAAAUAUUCGCAUUUACAAUACCUAUCAUGUGAUAAAACAAUGAGUCAGAUUGCAUGGCUAGGUCGGGAGAUUUUAAAUAGUUAAGAAAAGUGCGUCGAAUAGCCCCGUCCUCCCCUUCCACAGCCACACCGAUAGCAAUGUGUUGAAAUAUACAUUGUAGAGGUUUCAUUGCCAAUUUCAAGUGUAUACCAACACAUAGAAAAGUACGCUGCGACAAGAUGUUCCUAGUGGCAUGUACCUAUGCUCUUGUAGCAACGGUGUGAGUUUCUUUCAUUACUAUCCAGGCACUCUGGAAAUGGUUUGAAUUCUUAUCGAAAUGUAAAAAGAAAAAGAGAAAAUACUAUUUAAAAUUAAAUGAAUUAUUUUUUUAAAUCAAAAUGUAAAAUCGAAACGUAA